CAACCUCCAGUCUAGUGUCCUACAAAGCAACAAUAGUGCUUAUCCUGUUGGUAUUCUUCUAUACCUCCCUUGCUCUCGUCCCUCCCAUUGUACCUGCAGUGCAGCCCAUCAUACUUUAGAUCAUCAUGGCCAACGCCUUGCUGCUCCUCGUGGCGCUGCUCGUCGCCGGGUGCGCGGCUCUGGCUUCGGCCACGUCGUACACCGUCGGCGACGGGCAGGGCUGGACGACCAACGUCGACUACAGCACCUGGGCCAGCGGCAAGAGCUUCGCCGUCGGAGACAAACUAGUGUUCAACUACAUGAGCAAGGCGCACUCGGUGACGGAGGUGAGCAAGAGCGGCUACGACACCUGCUCCGGCGCCAACCCGCUGAGCGACGACGAGAGCGGCUCCACCGUCGUCCCGCUCCAGACCCCGGGAACGCACUACUUCAUCUGCAACGUCCCCGGCCACUGCGCGGAAGGCAUGAAGCUGGCCGUCGCCGUCUCCGCCACGCCGUCUUCCGCGGGGGGCGCCCUGCUGCAGGUCCCGGCGAUGGCCUCCGUCGUCGCCGCGGCGGCCGCAGGCGCUGCGAUCAAGCUCGCGCUCUUCUGACGGAGCACGGCGGCGCGGCUAUGGAUCGUCAGAGUCGUCUCAGGGUAGAGACAGUGCAUGCAGUUGGCUAUGUUCUUGGACGUUGAUGGUUCGUGUAAUCGGUGAUUACUGUCCACACUUAAUUUCUGCUACGUUUUCUGGCUAUUGUUCUCGUCGUGCAGCUCAUGUAUGUAUGUUACUCUGCGGUGGCGAGUGCCUUUUCUGAUGCCUCUGUCGUUGUGUGUUCAUCACCGGUGUAUAUCGUCGUGUGUGAUUGUUCUUUGGGAUAUCUCUGUGUCAAUAAAAUUGCCUCAUUCUCUAGUAUUC